AUGGUCGAGACGUCUCGAUUGAAUUAUGUGCGCAAUCAUCAAAAGCAAUUGAGAUGUGACAUUUACAAUGGUUUGGCCGACGCAUUAUUACGAGGCGAGACUAAUCCAUCCACACAAGGAAAAAGAGUUGUUCUAUCAUCUACUUUUACUGGUGGAGCGCAGUACAUGAUACAGAACUAUCAAGAUGCAAUAGCUAUCUGUCGUUGGGUUGGAUAUCCUGACCUUUUCAUUACAUUUACGUGUAACCCGAAAUGGCCAGAGGUUAUCUGCUUCCUAGAAAAUGGAAGCCUGAAAUCAGAGGACCGGCCUGACAUAUUGUGCAGAAUAUUCAAGGUCAAGUUGGACCAUUUGAUGAAAGAUCAUAGGCAAAAUAAAGUAUUCGGGACUGUCAGAGCAAAUGCUAAGUACCCAACUGGAGAUGACAUAGACCGCAUCACAUCUGCAGAAAUCCCUGAUGAAUCGAUUGAUCCCAAAUAUUAUACUGCAAUGAGAGAUCUAAUGAUUCAUGGUCCAUGUGGCAAUUUGAGAAGCACUCCCCAUGCAUGGUCAAUGGACGAUGCUCUAAGCAUUUUCCAAAAAAAUUUGCAGAGUUUACAAAUGUUGACGAUGAUAGGUACCCAGUUUACCGACGAUGAGAUAAUGUCCAGAUCAAUUAAAUAUCUUUUCAAGUAUGUGAACAAGGGCCAUGAUCGUGUCACAACCAGUUUUUAUCAGACCGCUGCAGAUGAAAACACUAAUAAGCAGGUUGAUGAGAUAAGCAUGUACUAUGAUUGCAGAUAUAUAUCAUCUUGUGAGGCAACUUGGAGGAUGUUUGGUUAUGACAUUCACUACAGGAAUCCCCCGGUUGAGCGCUUAUCAUUUCAUAUACCAAACCAGCAAAAUAUAUUCUUCUCCGACUCUGAUCAUAUUGAUGAUGUUCUUAGUCGUCCUUCGGUUAAGGAAAGUAUGUUCAUUGCUUGGAUGGAUGCUAAUAGAAAGUAUAAAGCUGCAAGGGAACUUACAUAUGUGGAAUUUCCAACUAAAUUCGUUUUGAAACAUGAACAGAGAGAAUGGCUUCCAAGACAACGUGGCUUUUCAAUAGGGCGUAUAUUUUACGUUCCUCCAGGGGAUGUUUGCUAUGCGCUAGGUUUGUUGGAUGACGAUAAAGAGUACAUCGACAGUAUUGUUGAAGCAAGUCAUUGGGGUUCGACGCAAUCGUUGAGAAAUCUAUUCGCAACAUUGUUGGCAUCUGAUUCUUUGUCGAGACCUGAAUAUGUUUGGGAACAAUAUUUGGAACUAAGUGAAGAGGAACUGAAAAAUUAUAUUCUUUUGGAGAUUGAAAAGAUAUUGCGUAGUAGAGGGAAGAGUCUUCGUGAAUUUCAAUCAAUGCCAUUUUCGUACGAGAUCGACAUUUCAUUUUCAAAAAAUAAGCUUAUCCACGAUGAGAUGCAAUAUGAUAGAAGGUCUCUUGCCGAAGAUCACAAGUUGUUUGUUUCCAGACUGACAGAUGAGUAG